GAUCACUCUACCCACUAUAAAACGGACUUCAUUUUAAAGUCAUGUCUAUAUGCUUGGCUUCCUUCGGGUACAUGUACGGAAAUCGUUCGAUAUGCUGAAAUCUAUACUUUUGCUUGCUGUUCUUGUUAUACAGGUGCUAUGUAAUCACAAAUUUGCAGAUUACAACAAUCAUCCAUGCAGAAGAAAAUGCGACAGCCAUUUUCCGAUGAUAUGCGAGUAUAACUUCACGGUGGAGUACUACCAUACUUUGGCCAAAGCAUGCUUCGAUUGUCCACACAAUGCUACUGACUGCGACCGCCCUCACUGUGUCGCGGCAGAUGGAACAAAAAGGGGGAUAAUCACAGUGAACAGAAUGGUACCUGGACCCGGGAUCCAUAUUUGUGAGGGAGAUACGGUUGUUGUCAACCUGUAUAACAAAUUAGAGGGCGCUGAUGGAAUAAGUAUACACUGGCACGGCCUUCACCAACGACAAACGCCACACAUGGACGGGGUCUCCAUGUUAACACAGUGUCCUAUAAAUGCUCAUUCAUCGUUUCAAUACAAAUUCAAACCCGACUAUCCAGGAACCUACUUUUGGCACUCUCACUCUGGAACGCAGAGAAUGGACGGUGUUUUUGGACCAUUAGUGAUUCGACAAGAAGACGCGGCCGAACCCCAUCUUGGACUUUACGACCAUGACUUGCCUGAACACACAGUUAUUAUAAAUGACUGGUUGGUGGAAUUAUCUAUCAAUCGAUUCACCAAUCAUCACUAUGCAGGCGGUGAUAAUAAACCCGCCUCUAUGCUGAUCAAUGGCAAAGGAACUUUUCGAAAGUUCGAAAACCGUGAUGGAAGCAAUGAGACAAUCUACACACCUCAUGCAAUUCUAACGGUCGAGCAAGGGAAACGCUACAGAAUGCGUCUGAUCAGCAACGGCGUAUUGAACUGUCCCAUUCAAUUCUCGGUGGACAACCACUCUUUGACUGUCAUAGCUACAGACGGUUUCCCAGUGAAACCUGUAACGGUUGAGUCCUUGAACGUGUUUGCAGGUGAACGGUUUGACGUUGUCAUCGCUGCCACACAACCUGUUGGGAGUUACUGGAUUCGCACGCGCGGUGAAGCAGAUUGUUCCGUGAAAUCAGCCCAUCAAGAGGCCAUACUGCGGUACCAAGGAGCUUCCGAUAGUCUGCCGGAACAAAAUACCGGAUAUGAAGCAGGACGACGCCUUGGAAAGAAACUGAACCCUUGGAAUAAAGAAGAAACUGAUGACCUCGUUCCCGUGUCCCGAUUGAUUUCUCUUCGGGAUAACGACGGCGCUUUGUCGAAAACACCAAACAAAACUAUCUACAUGUCUAUGGACUUCAACAAGAUCGACAACUACCGGUUCCAUGAUCCUUUGCUGUAUCCAAUUUCGGCCGUCGAGAGAUCCAAACAUUUGUACCUGCCCCAAAUCAACAACUUAUCGAUGAUACUGCCUCCCGCUCCACCCCUCACACAAUUUAAGGACAUUCCACAGGAAUUAUUCUGCAAUUCUGACACCGUUGGUCGUGACUGCUCCUCAGAAUACUGUGAGUGUGUGCACGUUGAGAAAGUUGGACUAGGAGACGUUGUAGAAUUUGUUAUGGUUGACGAGGGUAAAACAUUUGACGCCAACCAUCCGAUGCAUCUUCAUGGCUAUAGUUACAGAGUGGUAGCAAUGGGAAAGAUUGGCAAAUCAACCACCAUGCAAGAGGUGAAGGAUUUGGACGCAGCCGGAAACAUUACCAGGAAUCUAAAUAUGUCAGCUUUAAAAGACACUAUCACAGUUCCUGACGGUGGAUAUAGCAUUGUCCGGAUACACGCCACUAAUCCAGGGUUUUGGUUUUUCCAUUGCCACAUUGAUUUCCACGCAGAAAUAGGGAUGGGGUUUGUUUUGCAAGUCGGAGAAUUGAAACAAAUGCCAAAAGCACCGCAUAAGUUUCCAGUGUGCGGAAAUUGGAAAUAUACAACUCCAGCAGAGGAUGAGGAAGAUGAGGACAAAUGCCCCAUCAACAAUACCGGAAGUGUGCAUAAAACGAGAUCUGUGGCGCUGUUCAUGUUCGGUUACUUGUGUUUUGUUAUGUCAUGUUUGUUGUAACAGUUUAAACACUCGAUAUGAUACCUAAUAAAUAUAUAUCAAGGGGAUAAACAUUGA